ACUUCCGGCAUCUUUGAACGGCUCGGAUGUGAUGUAGCGUCUGUUUCGGAGUUAUCGGAAGUUAGCACCGUGUACACUUCACCGACAAUCACUUCAAAGACAUUAAACUUUUGACAGCCUGCUUCAUAUCACAAAAUGGCGUAUCCAGGCUACGGUGGGUAUGGGGGUCCGAUGCCAGGCAUGCCGGCUCAGGGGAUGCCGCCCCAAGGAAUGCCAGGAGGCCCCAUGGGAGGCCCCAUGGGAGGCCCCAUGGGAGGCCCCAUGGGUGGGCCCAUGGGUGGGCCCAUGGGAGGUGCACCAGGUCAAGGAGGAUAUCCCUCCCCCUAUGGAGGAGGCUAUCCAGGUACAUACGGCGCCCCACAACCAGCCGCCAAUGAUCCAAUGUGGGGUUACUUCACAGCCAUCGCAGGCCAGGACGGUGAAAUCGAUGCUGAGGAGCUCCAGAGGUGUCUGACCCAGUCUGGUUUCACUGGCAGCUACACUCCAUUCAGCCUGGAGACGUGCAGGAUCAUGAUCGCAAUGCUCGACAGGGACUUCACGGGCAAGAUGGGCUUCAAUGAGUUCAAGGAGCUUUUCACCGCUCUGAACGGCUGGAAGCAGAACUUCAUGAUGUUCGACCAGGACCGGAGUGGAACCGUGGAGCCUCACGAGAUGAGCCAGGCAAUCAGCUCUAUGGGCUACCGUGUCAGUCCUCAGGCUCUGAACGCCAUCAUCAAACGCUACAACAAAGGAGGAAGGAUCUUCUUCGAUGACUACGUGGCCUGCUGUGUCAAACUGCGAGCUCUCACAGAGAACUUCCGGCGGAGAGAUACCAUGCAUCAGGGCUCUGUCAACUUCCAGUAUGAUGAUUUCAUCCUCUGCACAAUGGCCAUCUAAGUGCUGCCAUGUGUCCCACACCACGAGGUCAGGGCAUUUAACGAACCACUCGGUGGUGGGUUGCGGAGCGCUGCCUCACAGCAAUGCAGAGGGAGGCCAGUAUAUCGGACUGAGCUGUCAUGAGCCGUGACGGAGAAGUACACAUUGCUUGUAAUGCUUGCUGUAAUGCUUUAGUCUUGUAUGUGACACAGGGACGUGCUGAAGGUGUAUCAGGUGCGCACACACACACACACACACACACACACACACAGUUUGUAUCAACAUUAGAGAGAACAUAAUAGAUAAACAUGUCAGUGUCUUUAAAGCCCUUACGUGAUUUUUUAGAAAAUAAAAACAGAUUAGUGUCAGUAUAUUAUGAAAGUCAAAGAAUGGAGGUUUCAGUGGAAUAAUGUAGGAGUUAAUCUACUAACCAUCAUAUACGUGUGAAUAAUAAGCUCUGGCUUCUAUCAGAAACUGCAAUGUGAACUGAUUGUAUAAGGAUCCUGUUUACCUAUUGUGCCAUUAUAAUCUCCGAAUGUAUGUUCUAAUAUAUUAAAAGUAUAACUUUACAGUAAUGGAAGCAUCAUGACUUAUGAUUUGUCAUGUUUGAUAUUCUGUGCACUUAUUUUAUAAAAGAACAGUAGAUCAUAGAUGUAGUUUAGCUUCAUAACAAGCCAAAGUGACUGUGUUAAAUCCACAGUGACACCUGUUAUUAAUAAUACUGAGAUAUGAAACUAUUAUUGUUAUAUAGCUACAAAUGCUGUAAACAUUCUGUUCAGAUUUUCAUGUAAAAAGUCAGCUCUGCAUGACACAUUGUUGUAGUAAAAGUCAUAUUUUGUUACUCACAAUAAACACUUUUUAAUCAG